AUGCUAGGCAUUUGUGCCUUCAGCAGUGUGCUCCUGCUCACUCUUCUAUGUGAAACAAGUGCCUUUGCCUUACUCAAUUCCACUGACUCAUCUCCGCCAACCAAUAAUUUCACUGAGAUUGAAGUCGCUCUAACAGCUCAUCUGGAUUCUGCAGAUAUCCCCAAAGCAAGGCGCAAGCGCUACAUUUCGCAGAAUGACAUGAUCGCCAUUCUUGAUUAUCAUAAUCAAGUUCGGGGCAAAGUGUUCCCACCAGCUGCCAAUAUGGAAUAUAUGGUUUGGGAUGAAAACCUUGCAAAAUCUGCAGAGGCUUGGGCAGCUACUUGUAUUUGGGAUCAUGGACCUUCUUAUUUACUGAGAUUCUUGGGACAGAAUCUGUCUGUGAGAACUGGAAGAUACCGCUCUAUUCUCCAAUUGGUCAAGCCAUGGUAUGAUGAAGUGAAAGACUAUGCUUUUCCAUAUCCCCAGGAUUGCAACCCUAGAUGUCCUAUGAGAUGCUUUGGACCCAUGUGUACACAUUACACACAGAUGGUUUGGGCAACUUCCAAUCGGAUAGGAUGUGCAAUACAUACUUGUCAAAACAUGAAUGUUUGGGGAGCUGUAUGGCGUCGUGCAGUUUACUUGGUAUGCAAUUAUGCUCCAAAGGGCAAUUGGAUUGGGGAAGCACCAUAUAAAGUAGGGGUGCCAUGUUCAGCUUGUCCUCCAAGUUAUGGGGGAUCUUGUACUGAUAAUCUUUGUUUUCCUGGAGUAACAUCAAACUACCUGUACUGGUUUAAAUAA